AUGAAGGCUCUUCAAUCUGGAGCUGAUAUAUCUAUGAUUGGUCAAUUUGAUGUGGAUUUUUAUUCUUUUUAUUUGGUUGCUGACCGAGUUCAAGUAAUCACAAAGCACAAUGAUGAUGAACAACAUAUUUGGGAGUCUGCUGCUACUGGUUCAUUCACCAUUGCACUCGAUACAAUCAACCCACCUCUUGAACAUGGUUCUGAAAUCAAGAAAGCAGAAGUGAAAUUGGGAGACGAAUAUGAAGAAACAAAGACAAGGAUUGAAGAAGUUAAAACGAUAGAAAAAAAGAGAGAUAACGAUCGGGAAGAUCAUUUGGCUGUUAAACAUUUCUCGGCUGAAGGACAGCUUGAAUUUCGUGCAAUUAUUUUUGUAUCAAGACGUGUACUUUUUGAUUUGUUGAAACUAAAAAGAAGCAUAUCAACAUUAAAAUUUAUAAUCUGUGAAGAAUUGACAUCAUUAAAAUAUUACGUUGCAAGAAUGCUUGAAAAGCAAAAUGCAAUAUAUUAUAUUGCUGGUGAAAUCACAAAGCUGUAG